GCGUGGGAAAAUCAGCAAUGCGAUUAGGGAUUUCGCAACGAACACAGAGCGCAGUCUUCGAACAGUUGCCGAGCAGUUAACACGGAAAAGUUUUUAGAGGUGCGGCAGUACUAUUGAAGGGUCUCAUAUCACUUCUGUUUUUUGUAGUGCUUUUUUUGUUAAUGUCAACGACAACAUUUCUAACGCUAUUCAAAUAUUAUCACAUGCUUGAUGCCGUUGAUCAGCAAAAAUGUGAUGUACGCGAAUUAACUUAUUUACAACAACUACAGCAAGCAAACACGACAAUGGCAAACAACGAAAUGGAAUUGCAAUUAAAUGCAAAUAUACCGUUAACAUUGUUAGAUACCACAACAACAAGCACAGCCUUAGCAGUAACAACAACUGCAGAAACAGUGAGCUCCACAGCAGCAACACUGUCUUCUGUAACGCCUGGCCACAUCAUCAUCGACAGCAUCGCAACGUCGACCAAAUUUUGGGUCGCCUGCAAUGUACUGAUAAUGGUGGGCAUACUAGCUGGCAACGCGCUCACCAUACUGGCCAUAACCACCUGUCGCCGCUUGCGCCGCCUAAUCUCCAAUAUGUUCAUACUAUCGCUAGCGGUAUCGGAUUUUACUGUCGGCGUGGCGCUGCCCUACCACAUCGCCUUCUAUGUCGGCCUUAAUUUCGGCCAAUCGGAAAAUCUCUGUCUGCUGCGAUUUUUUCUCAUCAUUUUCUCCUGUUGCGUUUCGAUCUUGACUUUGAUCACGAUCGCUGUGGAUCGGUAUAUAGCAAUCGUCUAUGCGUUGCACUAUCGGCGUUUUAUGACGCGUCGCGUCUCAUUCGUCAUAAUCGCCUUGAAUUGGACCAUAGGCGCCACGGUGGCCACUGUACCGAUGUUUUGCAACCGAUUUAAAACGGCGACCGAAUGCGAAUUCAAUCAGGUUCUACCCACUUGGUAUAUGGCGGGCAUCAUAACGCCCGCCUUUGUCAUCGUUUGGUCGCUGAUGCUCUUGAUUUAUUGGCGUAUAAUGCGUGAGGCCGCCAAGCAGUGUGAACAGUCGCGUUGCAAGCGUGAAGUGCAGAGUUGGAGCAGCAGCAAAAAGCAGUCGCGGCGUAUGCCGGAUUGGAAAUCGAUGCAGGUUGUGAUUUUCAUUAUGGGCUGCUUCUCCAUUUGCUGGCUCACCUAUUUCGUGGUCGUUUGCAUGGAGAUAUUGAGUACCUACAAUAUAUCCCUGAUGCUCUACAAGAUGGCCUUCUCCUUGGCCAUGUUCAAUUCAGCACUAAAUCCGGUGAUCUAUUGCUGGAAGAAUACAACGUUUCGACGGGCCUAUUGGCGUUUGUUGCGUUGUAAAAAUCCGAAUCACAGUAAGCCGAAUAGUAUGGAUUUGAUCGUGUGUAGCGUGGACUCAGUACACAGCUCUCCGCGGAGGCAUAGUACACUAACAAUAUCCGUUAUACCAAUACCAGUGGCUGAGCCGGUCAAACAUAACGGUGCAUUUGGAUUUAAUGGGCUGAACAAUGAAGAAGUGGAGGAAGGUAGAGUGAAAGUGAAGGAGUGCAGAUUUGACUGAGGCGAAGCGCCAAUAUAGGGUAGAAGUAAUAUUUAAUAAAAACAAAAAAAAAACUGUAAAAUGGAAAAAUUACCAACAACUAUAAAAAUAUCUAAACGAAUUAUCUGGUAAAGAAUAGAAGUGAUUAUAUUCAUUUAUUAACUGCAAAAUUAUAUUCUAAUUUCAGAGCUUUGAAAAACCAAUUGUACUAAAGCAAAAAUGUUUAUAAUAAAUAAAUUUAAAAAAAUCGCACUCAAGAGCUUAUUAAAUGUCUUAAAAGCAUUAACUUCGGUUUCAUGAAGAAUACCCCUUAAAAAAUACAAAAGAAUCCAUACAAAAACUUGAUUUUGAUUGGUCUGUUUGUAUGGCUGCUUUAUGCUAUGGUGGUACAAUCGCAACAAUUCCUUCGGAGAUUGCGCCUUAGA